GUCACCAGUCUCCGCCCCCAGUGACAAUUAGCUCCUGGUCCCAAGGAUAACCCAACCAUAACCACUGAGCCACAGAUCCGAUCCCAUCCCAAAACGCAUCAAGAUGACCACGGACUUUCUGUUCCCCAAAAUAGCGGACUGCUCCUAUGUCUCCUGCUACUGCGAGGAGAACGUGUGGAAGCUCUGCGAGCAGGUGAAGCGAACGAGGCCCGAGGAGCUGUCCAAGUGCUACGCCGUCUUCGUCUCCAACGAGGGUCGCACCGUUCCACUUUGGCGCCAGAAGGCCGGACGAGGCGACGAUCAAGUUGUGAUAUGGGAUUACCACGUCUUCUUCAUGCACAAUCCCUCGCUGAAUCGGUGCUUGGUAUUCGAUCUGGACACCACGCUGCCCUUUCCCACAUAUUUCCACAAGUACGUGACGGAGACGUUCCGCUCCGAUCUGGCCCUGCGACCGGAGCACCACAGAUUCUUCAGAGUCAUACCCGCAGACACAUAUCUCAUUGAGUUCUCGUCGGACCGGCGUCACAUGCGUCGGCCGGAUGGCAGUUGGAUCAAGCCGCCGCCCUCAUAUCCACCCAUUCUCUCCAACAGUAACAUGCACUGUCUGGGGGACUUCAUCUGCAUGAGCGCAGGAAAAGGUCCUGGAGCGGUCUACAGCCUCUCGGAGUUUGUGCAGAACUUCUACAAGUCCCCUCACGUGAUGGCGCAGAACAACAAGUAGAGGGAGGAUCCAGGAUCGGGGAUCUAGAGCCCCAAAUCCCACAGAUGCUGAACGCAUCCAGCAACUCAACCACAUCCAAAUGCAAAUACAAAUCCGUAUCGAAAUCGUUUUGUCGUUGUCGUUACCAGACAGUUAAUUACCAAUUGCAUACAUAUACAUACAUACAUAUACACGCGAACAUAUAAAUAUAUUUAUGAUAUUGUAUUUUUGUAUUCAGGUUAACAGAAAUCAAGUGCAGAAGGCGGUUUAGAAACGCUGGCGCCAUGCAGCGUUCAUUUGCAUUGAACUUCUAAAUUCUAAAGAAAUUAUAAAUCUAAUUAUACAUUUUUUUAUUGUA